GGCCGGGGUCCUCGCGGCCGCCGCCGCACAGGCGUUAAGGCGGGCAGCCCGCAGGGGCCUCGGGCGGGCGCCAUGGACGACGAGGAGGAGACGUACCGGCUGUGGAAGAUCCGUAAAACCAUCAUGCAGCUCUGCCACGACCGGGGUUACUUGGUGACCCAGGACGAGCUGGACCAGACGCUGGACGAGUUCAAGUCGCAGUUCGGCGAGAAGCCGAGCGAGGGCCGGCCCCGCCGCACCGACCUGACCGUGCUGGUGGCCCACAACGACGACCCCACCGACCAGAUGUUCGUUUUCUUCCCGGAGGAGCCCAAGGUCGGGAUAAAGACGAUCAAGAUGUACUGCCAGAGGAUGCAGGAGGAGAACAUCACGAGGGCGCUGAUCGUGGUGCAGCAAGGCAUGACCCCCUCCGCCAAGCAGUCCCUGGUCGAUAUGGCUCCCAAGUACAUCCUGGAGCAGUUCCUGCAGCAGGAGCUUCUGAUCAACAUCACAGAGCACGAGCUGGUCCCGGAGCACGUGGUCAUGACAAAGGAAGAAGUAACUGAGCUACUGGCCAGAUACAAGCUGAGAGAGAACCAGCUCCCCAGGAUCCAGGCCGGGGACCCUGUGGCCCGGUACUUCGGAAUAAAGCGUGGUCAGGUGGUGAAGAUCAUACGGCCGAGCGAGACUGCGGGCCGCUACAUCACCUACCGACUGGUGCAGUAGCCUGGAGCUGUGGGGUGUGCAAGAGCUGUGUAACCCCCCUCCCCCCCAUCUUCCCACCCACCGACAGUUCACAGGCGCUCGGAGGUGGCUGCAUUUUCAUAGGCGGCCAAGAAAAUUUGCUUUCCGUGUUGCCUGUAUGCAGUCAUGCUACUUGGCCUAGUUCCUUGCUUUCCAGCAUGGACUUUGCUGUAACUCCUUAGUCUUCAUUAAGGACUUAAGCCAUGGAGGUAGCCUAAAGGAACAGAAGCGUGCAGGGAAGAAGAGAGUGGAAAAAGGCCUUUGCUUUCCUGUUUAAUAGGAUCUUAUUUUUAAUAAAGAUUUGUACUCUUGCUGUUCCUCA